AUGUCAGAAGUACCUCAGAAGAAAGUCAGCCUUGAAGGCAAGGUUAUUGCGAUCACUGGUGCAAACCGCGGGAUCGGAUUAGGCAUUGCGGAUUGCUGCAUGGCUAAUGGAGCGCUUGCCGUAUAUUCCAUCGACAUUGGAGAGACGGGAGAGGAUUUCAAGCUGGUCUCAGAACGCUAUCCAGGAAAGCUCCAUGCCAUCACGGCAGAUGUCACGAAAGAGGCCAAUGUUACCGAAGCCGUAGAUAAGAUUCUGGCCGAAGCUGGAGCCCUUCAUGGAAUGGUUGUAAAUGCCGGGCGAACGAAGCACAAGCCCGCUCUUGAUUUCACAACGGAAGAGAUCGAUCAGCUUUGGAGUAUCAAUGCAAGUGAAGCUAGCCCCACCCAGUAUGCAAGCAAACUGACUUGGAUCCAGCUUUAUGGCUCAUUUUAUUGCGCUCGCGUCGCAGCUCGAGCAUUUAUCAAGCAAGGCGUGAAGGGGUCGAUAGUUUUUACUGCUUCCAUGGCCAGUUAUCGUCCAAAUAAGCGCGUACCCUCUGCUCCAUAUGGUGCAUCCAAGGCUGGAGUGAAGAAUAUGACACAUACUCUCGCGAUGGAGUGGGCACAGUACGGUAUUCGUGUGAACUCGGUCAGCCCCGGUCUCGUAAAGACCGCCAUGACAUAUUGGGUCGAACAGCAACCCGACUGGGAGCAGCAAUUGAAGUACUACGGCGGCAUUCCCCGGCUCGCCGAGAUUGAAGAGCUCGGAGGAGCUUACGUCUACUUGUUGAGCGACGCGGCCUCUUAUACGACAUCAAUAGAUAUUCCAGUCAAUGGUGUCAUUGGUA